AUUUCAGCACACCACAAACACACAUUAACAAACACGUAUAUUAAAAAUCGACUUAGAGAACACAGAAGACGCCGAGAUGAAUCGCAUAGAUACUACGAUGGAUGACAUGGCCAAUACAAAAUUUCUGACACUUUACAGUAGUUUGAUCAAACAGUUUACCGCCUCGACGGAGUUUACCAACACUGAAGUGGUAUGCCUCCUCAUCAUAUACUACAAAUUCGUGCGGAUUAAUGGGCCGUCAGUAAAGCAAAUGAAAAAGAAGCAGAUUUACAACUUAUUUCUGGUACUAUUUCGGAUCUACGAUGUGAGUAUUAUAGAGCGUAUACUGUUAAACAUAACGGUAGAUGUGAUCCAUGUCGGCCCGGAGGCCUGGAUGAAGUUGUUCCAGGUGUUCUUGAGCAAGAACCUGGAGGAGCGCAUGCAAUUCGCAUAUAAGGUUUAUACUACGUCCGGUGUGCUUAAUCGUGAAACAGUUGGCAUGGCCAUUAACAAUUUCUUUGUGGGUGAAGAUGACGAUGAGGUUAAAGAGUUGCAAGCGGAUAUGACCGAAUUUAUAUUCACCAAAUUUGAUUUGGACAAAGAUGGCGUUAUCUCUUAUGAAGAAUAUUAUGAGGUUGUUAUUAAUCAGCCUGCACUUUUGGAAUUUUUGGGUCAAAUAUUCCCAGAUGCUUCUGAUAUAACUGUUAUUGCGUUUUGUACAAAUAUUGCAACGUUGUUUCCUAAUCAAAAUUAAGACAGCAAAUAAUCUUAUGAAGUUAUACAGUCCACAAAUAAAUAUAAAUGUGAUGAAUAA